CGCCCCGGCCCGGCAGGACAGCGGCGCGCACGGAAAACCAGCGUCCCGCGCGCACGAUGGAGCCGGCGCUCGAGCUGGGGCUCGGGGACUCGUCCCUGCACCGCUACCUGGACGGCGAAUACUGGACCCUCAAGAACGAGCUGCGUAGGCUCCUGGGCGGCUGCCCGCUCUUCCAGCACAGGUAUGAUCUAAGUCUGGAUGAAAUGAGAGCUUUGACAUUUCAGAGAACGAAAUUUACCAUGGGUUUACCCCUGCUGAAGCGUGCAGUUCAGGAACAGGUGGAGAAAACAAAGAAUUUUGUCAGUCGAAGCCUUGUCAUAGGAGAAGUUAUUUCCACAGCAGACAUGGCCACAGGUGUCAAGUGUGGAAUAAUUUAUUGGCUCUUUGGGGGUGCCAUCAGGAAUCUUGGAAGCCAAGCACAUGUAACUAAGUGGCUUCAGCCAUUGCAGGAGCAGAAGUACACUGGGAUGUUUGCAAUGACCGAGAAGGGCCACGGGAGCAAUGUGAGGGGGAUCCAGACCAAGGCCACGUUUGACCUCUCUGCACAGGAGUUCAUCAUUGACACACCGUGUGAAAAUGCCCAGAAGAUGUACAUAGGAAAUGCAAUGUAUGGGAAUUACGCAGCCGUCUUUGCUCAGCUCAUCAUAAAUGGAAAAUCUCAAGGGCCACACUGUUUCAUUGUUCCCAUCCGGGAUGAAAAUGGGAACUUGUACCCAGGAGUGACAGCGAUUGAUAUGCUGCACAAAGAAGGUUUGCAUGGUGUGGAUAAUGGGAUUUUAAUAUUUGACAAGGUGCGGAUACCAAGGGAGAAUCUGCUGGAUAAGUUCGGUUCUGUGACUCCAGAUGGGCAGUACCAUUCUCCGAUUAAGAACACGAGUGUAAGAUUCAAUGCGAUGCUGGCAGCGCUGACCCCUACACGACUAGCUGUGACCUUCCAAGCCAUGGGCUCCAUGAAGCUUGGGUUGACCAUAGCCAUUCGCUAUAGCCACAGCCGGAGGCAGUUUGGGCCAAAAGCCAAGGAAGAGGUCAAGAUCAUUAAACACCAAACACAGACCCUGCGACUGAUGCCUCACCUGGCCACGGUCAUCGCCCUGAACUUCGCCAGCAGGUAUGCCGGAGCCCUUCUGGACAAGGAUAUAUUUCAGGGGAAGGAGCUAAUCAACAGCCGCCCUCUGCAAGCCCUGGUGGCAGGGCUGAAGGCCUACAGCACGUGGGAAAACAUCAGCUGCUUGCAGGAUUGUCGUGAAUGUACCGGAGGCAUGGGCUACAUGAUGGAAAACCGAAUCUCGGGAUUGAAAUGUGACACUGAUGUAUUUGCAACUUUUGAAGGUGACAAUGUUGUUAUGCUUCAGGCUGUGGCACGGGAACUGCUGGCUCAGAAAACCAAGGAGUAUGAAGAAAGACCACUCUUCAGCUUGCUCCAAAGCUGGGCUGGGUCUAUGGGCAACAUGCUGAGAACCAGUUUCCUGGCAUUUAAUGUGGACACAGUGGGCAAUCUCACCUUUCUGUUGAAAGCAGUAAACUUUCGUGAAACAGUUCUUCAGCGGGGUUUGAUGGCCAGAAUUUACUACAAGGUGACCACCCAGAAGGAGGACUUUUUCAGCGCCUGGAACUCGUGUCUCCACCAUGUGGUCACCCUGUCCCUAGCACACAUACACAGAGUGACUUUAGAGCAGUUCUCCCUCGCUGUGCGGUGUUGUCCCGACAGGGAAGACCAGGCCCUGCUAAUGAAGUUUUGCCUGUUAUAUGGAACCAAGCUGGUGUUCCAGGAGAGAGCCUGGUAUCUAGAACAUAAAUAUUUGACUCCCUCGGACAGCACGAAGAUUAGGAGUCAGCUCCUGGAUCUGUGCGACUCCGUGAAGGAAGAUGCCCUGAGGGUGACCUCCGCUUUCAACAUUCCUCGCAUUUCCCUCCACGCGCCCAUCGCGGGCAUCAGGAACCCGCAGGCGACCUGGGCUUUCUACGGGGCGCCGCGGCUGCCCAGGGCCAGGGCCGCGGCGCCCUCUGGGCGGUCCCAGCUAGGAGCCAAGUUAUAGCGGGCGUGGCGGGCAGGGAGCUGUGGCCUGCCCGCCCGCUGCCGCCACAAGGCUUGCUUCUGUGACACGGGUGGGCGGCUUGACACAGGCUGGCCCUAGGGGAUCUGGGUCUCGGAGCAAGAGCUGGUUGGUGGGGUCCUGGACAGUCGCGCCGGGCAUGGGGGUGCGGCGUUUGCCCAGCUGACCUGGCCUCGACCUCUCCGGGCUGAGGCUCGGGAUCCCCCAGACCGCGCGCCGCAGCCGGGUGCCACCCGGGCUCUCGCGCUGCUAGCGGUGACUCAGAUUUCUAGUGAUUUUUGGGAAACCGUAGUGCUGGAUGGGUGGAGUUGGGGCGGGGGGGAGGCUAAAACAUAUAAAAUUAAACACCCCGCUGGGCAAAGUUUCAGU